AUGGAUUUCCUUCCUCUUCCCUCUCUCCCCACCGCUCCUCGUCAAGUCUCGACCACCAAUCCACAUUCGAGACAUUUCCAUUCAUUUCGUCACCCGUUAUUCAUCAAACAUCCAUCAGCAAUCACCCAUAUACAUUUCUGUCCCACCAAACCACAUCGAUAUGCAAUCACCUCUUCCACAAGAGUACUGAUAUACGCACCGAAAACAGGUAAAGUCGUGAAGACCAUAUCGAGGUUCAAGGAUACUGCUCGAAGUGGAGAGUUCAGGAAAGAUGGAAAAUUGAUAGUGGCAGGUGAUGAUGAGGGCCAAAUACAAGUUUUUGACGUUAAUAGUAGAGCUGUGUUGAGAACUAUGAAAGAGCAUAAUCAACCCGUCCGAGUAACACAUUUUUCACCCCAUCUACCUCAAAUAGUAUCAGCAUCAGAUGAUACAACGGUUAAAUUGUGGGAUCUAUCAACACAAUCAUGUUUAACCACGUUAGCCUCACAUAAAGACUAUGUUCGGUCAGCGAUAUUUCAUCCUACGAAUCCUUCAUUAUUAUUAUCUGGAUCAUAUGAUUCCACGAUACGAUUACAUGAUGUUCGAUUACCAUCUGAAGAAGCGAAUGUAAUCACGAUGAGACAUGGUGGACAACCAGUUGAAGACAUAUUAGCGUUUCCCAGUGGUGGUAUUGGAAUUUCAGUUGGUGGACCUAUAUUGAGAAUCUGGGAUCUAUCAAUGGCAGGAAAAUGCUUAAGAGCUUUGAGUAAUCAUCAAAAAACAAUCACUUCAAUCACUUUUGAUGGAUCGAAAAAUAGAGUUUUAACAGGUUCAUUAGAUACAAUGGUAAAAGUUUAUGAUGUGGAAGAAUGGAAAGUCGUUCAUACAAUGAGAUAUCCUGCUCCAAUUAUGAGUUUAGCUGUUUCACCCGACGACACACAUAUAGCUGCAGGAUUAACGGAUGGAACAUUAUCAGUUCGACGUAGAGAUCCAAAACCUUCAGAAAUCACUGAAACUGUUCAAAACAAUUUGUCAAUAGUUGGGGGUUCCUACGAAUAUUUCGCAGAUAUGGAGCAGAUCUUCGGAAAAGGUUAUGUGAAAGCUAAGAGGCAAGAUCUGGGCAAAGCACAAGGGCCAGUGGAUGAAUUCAAAGUAGAAGUGAGACGAAAGAGGAAAUUGAAGGAGUUUGACAGAUUCUUAAAAGGCUUCAAAUAUCAAGCGGCACUAGAUGCGGGAUUGAAAAAGAUUGUUAAACCUACUACCACAUUUGCGCUGAUACAAGAGCUCAUACAUCGAGAUGCUCUCAGAGUGGCUCUUAGUGGAAGAGACGAUGUAACGCUAGAACCUAUACUAUCUUUCUUGGCCAGAUACGUUACGGAUCCACGUUUUGGCGAGAUGGCUUCUGAAGUAGCAGGUGUGAUCAUUGACAUAUAUACACCUAUAUUGGGUCAAUCACCGAUUCUGGAUGAGAUGAUGGCCAAAUUACAAUCUCGUAUAGAAAGGGAGUUGAGUUUCCAGAGGGAGUUGAUGAAGUUGAGAGGAGCAUUGGAUAUGACUCUUGCUCAAGCUGCCAUGAGCAGGAUCGUCGAACCUGCAUAG